AUGAACAGGAGCCAGUGAAAGGAAUAAGUCUUGCAGAGAUUUUGUUUCGGUACACAGAACCUUUCAAGACGUUCUUCACGAACCUGCUGAGUCCAGAGUACCGAGUGACAGUGGACGUGUAUGCCUUUAUGUUUUUCUGUGAUUUCAUUAAUUUCCUUAUCGUGGUAUUUGGAUACUGGGCAUUUGGUGUUCCGAUCCCCUUCUUAAUCAUGUUAAUUGCUCAGUUUGCUUUGAUUGUAAUUGAUCGAGCUCUCUACCUUCGUAAAUACAUCUUCGGGAAACUGUUCUUUCAAAUUAUACUGGUGUUUAUCGUCCACGUUUGGAUGUUCUUCAUUUUACCCGCAGUGACAGAAAGAGAAUUUACAAGUCCUAAUACUCUACCUCCAAAACUCUGGUACUUCAUCAAGUGUGUCUACCUCUUGCUCUCGGCUUACCAGAUUAGGUCCGGAUACCCGACACGUAUUCUUGGUAAUUUCUUCUGCAAGAAAUACAACUAUAUUAAUCUUUUCUUAUUCAAAGGUUACAUGUUGAUACCGUUUUUGUAUGAACUGCGUUCGUUAAUGGACUGGAUUUGGACUGAUACUAGCAUGAAUAUUGGUAAUUGGUUAAAGAUGGAAGAUAUCUUUACAAAUAUUUAUCUCUUGAAAUGUAUCCGGAGAGUAGAAGCUGAAUAUCCCACUCCGCGAGGAGCUAAACGUACUUCCCUCGUUAAGUACGGUGUGGGAGGUUUUCUACUUUUUAUUAUUAUUUUAAUCAUUUGGUUUCCGUUGUUGAUUUUCGCCUUGGGCAAUACGGUGGGGUUACCUAAUGGUCCAUAUGACUGUACAGUCGAAAUUACUAUUGGUGGCUAUGAACCUAUUUUUAAAAUGAGUGCACAGAGAAAUUCACUCAAGUCAUUUACACAGAACGACUGGGACAAAAUGGUGUAUUACUACCGAUCAGAUCCGUCCGCACAGACUUUCUUGGCCAACUACGACAUACGAGACAUCACCGUAGUUGAACUGAAUGGAAAUUCUACCUCCGUAUGGGCUGUCAGUCCUCCUAGUCAGGCUGCUCUUAUUACUGAGCUGCUAUCCAAUGAAACCGAGUUAAAUGUGAAGUUAUCGUGGUCUUUCUCCAGAGAUCCCAAGUCGUCAGAAGUUGAAAAAACUGUUAAUAAUGAACAUGUUAUAAAACUAAAUAACCUUGAAGAUCGAGACCUCAGAGAAAAGUUAGCCAAUAUGUUAAAUGGUAGUAGAAGCACAGAUGAAAUAACCCUUCCGUACUUAUUCCCCAAAUACUUGAAAGUUCCUGGACGAGGAAGACCUUCCCCUGUCACAGCUUUAGUUAAGAGCAAUG